AUGGGAGAAGGGAAUGCCCGCCGGAAAAUGAAAUUCAGGAGAUUCCUGACCAAAUUGGGGGUGAGUUUGUUCUGUUUGUUGUUCUUCUGCGAGUAUGUCUUCUAUUACAUCGUUAUCAGUCAGUGCUCCUGGCCAGAUAUCCAGAAGAAUGACCAGAAUCCCCCGUUGAAAGUGAUGCUACUGGCUGACACACAUCUUCUGGGACCCUAUCGUGGUCACUGGUUUGACAAACUCCGCCGGGAAUGGCAAAUGUACAGGAGUUUCCAAACAGCUGUAGAACUCUUUCGUCCGGAAGCUGUCUUCAUCCUGGGAGAUCUCUUCGACGAGGGCAAAUGGGUGACAGACCCAGAGUUUUCCAACUACGUAGAGAGAUACCAAAACCUCUUCUCCGUCCCAGAUUCCACAAAACUCAUCGGAAUUGUCGGGAAUCACGACAUCGGAUUCCACUAUGAGGCUCGCCAGAGACUCACCAGGCGCUUCGAGGAGAAUUUUCACACCACCGGAGUAUCCCUAUUGACCCUCAGGGAUAUUCACUUUGUCCUCGUCAAUAGCAUUGCAAUGGAAGGGGAUGGAUGCAAUCUCUGUUCAGAAGCAGAAUCCCAGCUUAGAAACAUUUCCCGGAUCUUCCGAUGCUCCCGGAACAUUGGCAACUGCAAAGAUGUCCCAACACUCUCCUCAUACAGCAAACCCAUCCUCCUGCAGCACUAUCCACUGUACAGGGAAUCCGACAGGGAUUGCCAGGAGCAUGAUCCCAUUCCACUUGAACUCUACAGAGAACGCUGGGAAGUCCUCUCCCAGGAAUCAUCAGAUCUCAUUGGGGAAUUAAUCUCCCCGCGGAUCGCAUUCUCCGGACACUCGCACAACUACUGCAGGCUGGUCAAUCGCCUGGGAAUCAUGGAAUACACCAUUUCCAGCUUCAGUUGGAGGAACAAAAACAACCCAAAUUUCCUCCUUGCCGCAUUCACGCCAACAGAACAGGCUGUGCACAAAUGCAACAUGCCCAGGGAGUCCACAGUGAUGACAAUGUACGCUGUCGGAGGACUUCUGGCCAUCAUCCUGGCCACAAUUCAGUGGAACUGCGCGAAUAUUCUCAACCGACGCCAUACGAAAAUCUUCUGAAUCGGAACAUUCCCGAUUCGCUGUACAUAACCUCAAUUCAUCAGUGUCAACAUUUUUAUUAGUGAUAAGCGUUAUCUCUGGACAAUUUCGAGCCUAUUUUCCCUGUUUUAACCAAUCAAACGACCAAAGAGCACGCGAGGGAUUAGUCUGAAGUCUUCCAAGGAGUGCAGUGGCAACAUUUUCAGUAAGUACAGUGGAAUGAUUGUGAAAAAAACAAAAGUAGGGCACUUUAGAAAGGCAAUUUCCAUGCAACAGCCGGAAUUUGCUUAUUUUUCGGCUUUAUUUAAUUAUUUUGGUUAAAAUCAAGCUUUUGGGGGCGUUUCUCAAUGCUUGGGGGUGAUUUCUUGGCAGGGCGCGAUUUUGUUUGUCUCCAAAAAUAUUGAUUACAGUAUUGCAGCCAUUGAUUACACCAUUGUUUACAUGAAAUGUUUUUUUUCUACAUUUUUUUUAAAUAAUUAAUUUUCUAUUAAUUAUUUUAUUUUAAAAAUCAUUAGCACGUGCCAAUUAAUUUAUUGAAAAUAGUCACAAAAAAACAAAAUAAUUUUCUUAUUUUAAACAAAAAAUUACACUUUUUUUUUAUGGAUUUGUAUUUUUUAUACAAAAAAUAAAUUUAAAAAACAAGUUAGCCGGUAAAAAUUAUGUAUAUUAAUUAAAUAAAAUCAUCUUAAUUUUA